UGUACAUUAAUUCAUUAUCUGAUAGAACAUCUAACGCUUUUUUCAGAUACGUGUGGAGGACAGAACAAAAAUAUUCAAGUAUCUGCUCUGCUUUUACAUAUUGUUAAAAACCAUCCGAGUCUUCAGAUAAUUGAGCAAAAGUUCAUGGAAAGUGGACACUUCUAUAUGGAAUGCCAAAAAAAAUGUGGAGAUUUUAGUGUUCACGAAUAUGAAAAUGUCUUUAAAAUGGCCAGAAUGGACAACAAUGGGAAUAAAAAAUCUUUCUAUAAUACUCGUGAAGUUAAUUAUAACGAAUUCUUAGAUUUGAAAAAAGUUGCACAAUAUGCUAUUGUUAAUAAGAAAGAGGAUCAAAAAGGGCAAACGGUCAACUGGUUAAAGGUAAAGUAUUUUAAGUAUGAGAAACAGAUUCCUAACAUUCUAUAGUACAAAUAUAAUUAUCACGACGAAUAUGAAUAUAUUGACGUUAGUUUUGUACGUCGUGCUUCUAACAGAACAGUCAAAGAGGAUAAUAAUAAUGAAAAUUUGGUUAUUCCUCAAUUAUAUUCUAAACAGCUUCCAAUUUCGGAUGCAAAGAAAAAAGAUUUGAUAAAGCUCUGUGAAAAAAAUAUAGUUCCGCAAGCGCUCCAUACCUGAUUCAAAAAUCUACCAAGUUCCUCUUCUGUUCGAGACCAAACAGCGGAGUCAGCUGAAAAGGACUCUGACGAAGAAGACUUUGAAAAUUA